AUGGACUCCCCCGUGAGCCAGCACGUCAGCGACGGCAAUGACAACAUGUUGUCCGGAGGUCUGGGCGCCGCCUUCCCGGAGAUGCAGAGCACCGGCGACAGCGACUCGUCGUCGCACUCCCUGCCGGGUUUCGGCACGCCUUGGUCGGUGCAGACGUGCAGCUCGUCGCCCCCUCCUCCCACGGCACCACCUGCAGCCGGUUCGGACGGCGGCAACGGUGGCGGCUUCUACGCGUCCUCCUCCGUCAACCCGGCCUUCUUCCAGGGUUUCUCGGCUAAUCCGUGUUCCGGGAUUAACACGCACGGUUUCGGCGGGCAUUUCUCGCCGCAGAACCGGAGGUCGCCCAUCAACCCGCAGAUGCACAACCAGCAGGGCGCCUUCCUGCAGCAGAGGAACAUCUACAACCAACAUCAGCCCGUGACGAAGGCGUCGCCAUGGAGCGCCCACCAGGGUAACGGCUGGAGCACGGGGGGUGCGCCCUGGACCCGGGACCACCGCAAGGGACACGCCUCCUCGCCCCACAAGAAGAACUUCCAGGGCGGAGUCAUCGGCCCGCCCAAGUUCCCGCGGUCUGCUGCCUCUCACGGACGCAAGUCUUGGCUGGAGGACAACGUGUUCCGAACGGACGGCAACUGUAACACCUUGAUGCCCCUUCAGGAGCGCUCCAGGAUGUACGAGAGUCUCAACAUGCACUCGCUGGAGAGCUCUCUGAUUGACAUCAUGCGGGCCGAGCAGGAUCCCGUGAAAGGCUUAAUGGGAUGCUUGAACCCGGCGGCCGACGGGCUCCUCAUGCUCAAUGCCAGGAGCUAUGGGAGACGUCGAGGGCGCUCGUCUCUUUUCCCUAUCGACGACAAUCUGCUGGAAGACGGGCACGCCAACCCGGGGGUUCUCAGCUCGGCCAUCUUCCCGCAUCAGAACGGAGAAUGCAUCGAGCGCUUCUCCCGCAAGGUCUUUGUGGGCGGGUUGCCACCUGACAUCGAUGAAGACGAGAUCACCUCCAGCUUCCGACGCUUCGGUCACCUGGUGGUGGAUUGGCCGCACAAAGCCGAGAGCAAGUCCUACUUCCCGCCCAAAGGCUACGCCUUCCUGCUGUUCCAGGAGGAAACGUCAGUGCAGGCUCUCAUCGAAGCUUGCAUUGAAGAGGACGGCAAGCUCUACCUGUGCGUCUCCAGUCCCACCAUCAAGGAUAAACCUGUGCAAAUCCGACCGUGGAGCCUGAGCGACAGCGACUUUGUGAUGGACGGAUCUCAGCCGCUGGACCCCCGCAAGACCAUCUUCGUGGGAGGCGUCCCUCGUCCCCUCAGAGCGAUCGAGCUCGCCAUGAUCAUGGAUCGCCUCUACGGCGGGGUCUGUUAUGCGGGGAUCGACACCGACCCGGAGCUCAAGUACCCCAAGGGGGCGGGGCGAGUGGCCUUCUCCAAUCAGCAGAGUUACAUCGCCGCCAUCAGCGCUAGAUUUGUGCAGCUGCAGCACGGCGACAUCGAUAAGCGGGUGGAGGUGAAGCCGUACGUCCUGGACGACCAGUUGUGUGACGAGUGCCAGGGCGCUCGCUGCGGUGGCAAGUUUGCGCCAUUCUUUUGCGCCAACGUCACUUGCUUGCAGUACUACUGCGAGUUCUGCUGGGCUAACAUACACUCGCGCGCCGGACGCGAGUUCCACAAGCCGCUGGUCAAGGAAGGCGCCGACCGCCCGCGUCAGAUCCACUUCCGAUGGAACUAG